AUGGUUCAACUCGAUUACUCGGUCGAAAAACCGCUUAACCGCGAGCCGGAGCUUGAGAAGUUGGUUCAAAGUUUCAUCACCAAAGACGGCUACGACCGCAAUCACGGCCCCAUUCCUCACAUCGAUGCCAGCACACACAAAGUCACCAUUACUGGCCUCGUCGAUAAAGAACUCUCGCUUUCCAUCCCAGACCUCCAAGCACUUCCACAACAUACCGUAAUAUGCGCCCUGCAAUGUGCAGGCAAUCGUCGUCAUACCAUGCGCACAAAGCUGAAGGAGGUAUCUGGCAUUGAUUGGUUCGAUGGCGCUGUCAUGAACUGCAAGUGGACUGGACCUCUGCUUAAGGAUGUUCUGGAGAAAGCUGGCGUCAAAGUCGAGGAUGAUAAGCUGAAGGAGGCGCAUGUGGCGUUCUCGUGCUACCAGACUACCCAAGAAGAUGACUUCUACGGUGCCAGCAUCCCACUGUCACGAGCCAUGGAUCGUGAGAGCUCGAUCUUGCUUGCAUUGAAGAUGAACGACAAGCCUCUCCCACCAAAUCAUGGAGCCCCAGUCCGCGUUGUCACACCCGGAAUCGCUGGCGCGAGAAGUGUAAAGUGGCUUGAUUCCAUCUCAGUCCAGCUAAGCGAGAGCCAGAGCCACUACCAGCAACAUGAUUACAAGAUCCUACCCCCGGAAGCUGAUUGCAAAGAGAAGGCGGAGGAGUAUUGGGACAAAGUUGGCGCGCUACAGGAUAUGCCUGUCAACAGCGUUAUUGGAGUCCCAAAGUCAGGUACUACUAUACAUCGAGAUGCAGAUGGGACGAUUGAAGUCAAGGGCUACGCAUUGCCUAGUGGUGCAGAUGGGCCCAUAGUCAAAGUUGAAGUCAGCGUGGACGGAGGGAAAUCAUGGACAGAGGCGGAAUUGAUCAAGAACUAUGAGGGUGAGGACGCCAAGGACGUUGAACUCAAGUGGGCGUGGGCGCUGUGGAAGUCGAAGGUCAAGGUCGAGAAGGGCAAGGAUGUCGCGAUCUACAGUCGGGCAACGGACAGGAGUGGCAAUAUGCAAGAGAAAUGUCCGAAGUGGAACUUCCGGGGCGUGGCCUACAAUGGGUAUGGGGAAGCCUCUGGGCUAGAAAUUGUCUGA